AUGUCAUCGAAUCUUGUUCAUCGUUUACGAACAUGGUCAUCAAAACAAAUAUUUAUUGUUUUUGCUGCUUUUCUUGUUUAUGUUCUUGCUGAUGGUACAACAUUUUCAUUUGGACUUUAUGUUGAUGAACUUAUCAAUGAAUAUUCUAAACUAAAAACAAAUACUGUUUUAAUUAUUAGUAUUUUAGCUGCAUUGACACAAUCAAUACCUCUUCUUUUAAGUCCACUUGUAUGUUGGUUGACAACAAAAUUUGGUGCUAGUAUGACAUUAUUUAUUGGUUGUAUUAUUUCAGCUAGUGGAUAUUGUCUUCCAUUUGUUUUACAAUUUUAUAAAACAUUAUGGAUAUCAGCUAUUGGUUAUGGAUGUUUAUUAAGUGUUGGACUUGCAUUUUGUUAUGUACCUGCUUAUUUAACUUUACCAUUUUAUUUUGAAGAUGAUCGAGGUUUGGCGACUGGAUUAGCUGUAUCAGGAAGUGGAGUUGGUCAAGUAGCAUUAGCAAUUAUUGUUAAAGCAUGUAUUAUUGAAUAUGAAUGGCGUGGUGCAUCACUGAUUACAGGCGGUCUCUUUCUCUUUAUGCUCAUAUCAAUCGUUGCAUUCAGAGAACCUGCUUCUAAUUCUUCUCCUGCUUCAGUACUUCCUCCUACAGCUACAGAGCUUAUGGACUUUUCAACUGUUCCGACUAUAACUGUCACAGUCCAUGAUGAAUGUUCACGAGAAGAAGAAACAUCAACAGAACCAUCACAUACUCGUCGCUCUCGUGGUAUGACCAUUGCUCAAGUUCUACCACUUUUAAUUUCUUCUGUUCCCGUUCGUUCUGGUAUCACUAUGCCUUCUAUUGAACCAUCUAGUAGUGUUCGUCGACAUUCACUUUAUCUUCGACCACGGUUUCCUACUAUUAGUACAGGAUCUCCUUCAGUUCAUGUUGUUCCCAUGAAAAAUUUUAACAGAGAUCGUGCCAAUACCAUUGCUGUUCCACUUCAAAUAACGCAAAAACUUGACAGAUCUUCGGAACGAAUUCAUCAACCUUUGCAACAAUUUCCAUUUGCACCCAUCAUUUCGACAAACGAAAAUAGUGAAGAAAAAGAGAAAUUAUCAUCAUCACAAGUACCACCACCAGAACAAACAGACAUAAUAGAAGAAACCCUUGAAGAAAAACAUUGGAUACUCAAUAGUCGUUUUCUUCUCUUUUGUUUAUCAAAUUUUACUUUAUGUCUUGUUAUGGGUGUACCAUAUGUUAUUAUUCCAACAUAUAUUUCUGAAACAUAUCUUGAUCAAGGUUAUUUAGCAUCAUGGACUUUAUCUAAUGUUGGUAUUGCAUCAGCUCUUGGACAAAUUUUACUUGGUUAUUUACAUGAUCGAAAAAUUUUUUCUGCUUGGCUUAUGUAUACACUUGCAGUUAUUAUAUCUGGUGUAUCAUUAAUUAUUCUUGCUUUAUUUCGUUAUAAAUUAAUUGUUCUUAUUUGUGCAUUUAUAUAUGGUUUAGCAAUUAGUGCUAAUUAUGCAUUACAAGUACUUAUUGUUAUUGAUGCUUUAUCAAUGGAUAAUAUGCCAAAUGCUUUUGGUAUAUUACAAUUUUGUCAAGGUGUAAGUACACUUAUUGGUAUUCCACUUCAAGGUUUAUUACGUGAUCUUAGUCAUACAUAUAAGCUUUCUUUUCUUACAUCAGGAUUUAUUAUAAUUCUUUCAGGUAUAAGUAUGUUCCUUUGGCCAUGUUUUACAUCAACAAAUAAGAAAAAAAUCAAUAAUGUUGACAAUGAACAAUGA